UCGGGUCGGCCAACUGACUGAAUGUCGUCGUCAUGUCAUGCAAGCACACCAACCAAAAUUAAUUUAUUGGCGUUUGAAGAUUUAUUUUUAAUUUAAAAUAUAAUUGUUUUUAAUUAAACAGUGAUGGCAUUAUCGUAAUUUGAGUAACAAUAAUAUUAUUAUAUUCAGUGUUUAAAUUUAUAUAUAAUAUUUUUUAACAACAAAUUGCCACGUAGUUAUUCUUUCGACGACAGUUUCUUUACAAAAUGGGUGUAAAAGAAGCCAGCAUGCCGAGUAAGAAGUCUAUUUUGUGGGCCUACGUUCUUUGGCUCUUCGGCGGCAUAUUUGGGCUGCACCACUUUUAUUUACGUCGCGACAGGCAUGCUUUUGUAUGGUGGACAACUCUUGGUGGUUUUGGCGUAGGUUGGCUUGGAGAGGUGCUCCGGAUCCCCCGAUAUGUCAGAGAUGCGAAUGAAGAUCCUAAGUACAUGCAAGACCUGAUAAAUAGGAUGAAGACGAACAAGAAGCCUCCAUUCUCGAUGAACCGCUUCACCGGGAUGCUGAUGGUCGGCUACUCCUGGGGCCAGAUGAUGAUGCUCGCAGUCCCGCCCGAUGAGGUUUGGGGUAUCAACUUCAGAUACCUCAACUACCUGAUACCGUUGGUGGCUGCUCUUGGAGUAUGGGUAGUGGGCAACAUCGGCCGUGAACAGGGUAGCCUCAAGUGGCCUCUUCUAGCUGCCUACGUUACAUAUCCAGUGCGCUAUUACGUCUACGAUGAGACAGUAUGGUUCACCCUCAUGGUUCUGGCUGCUGCUUUGGUCUUCGACACCUUUUCUAAGGAGUGGCGGAGGACACCGAGGAGGCAUCAUCUUGCGAAGCGUGUGGCGGUGCUAGGUUUGUGCGCCUGUCUCUACUUGUCCCUGUGGUGCAGUUACCUGUACUUCCACGGCACCAUAACGGACAGUGAGGGCGAUGAGGUGCCGGUAUAUGAGGCGUUACACCACUUCUUCACCAGCCCUUGGUGGUUAGACGUGAAGCAGUGCUUGUACGACACGUACCAAUAUGCGCAACAUCACGGCUGGUACGAGGUGUGGAAGCAGAUCAUCGAACUGUCCGACCCUCACGGCGAACAGAACGCUUACAAGGUUCUCGGACUAGGUCCAGAAGCUAGUCAGCAAGAGAUCACAUCCACCUGGCGUCGCCUCUCCCGCGAGAACCACCCUGACAAGGUCAAGGACCUCAGCCAGCGUCGCGCGGCUCAGGAACGCUUCAUGGAAAUACAACAGGCGUAUGAAAUCCUCUCCAACAGCAAACACAGGAGGAACAGACGAAAUAAAAAGGAUAACACUGAACGCGCCGACGAAAAGAUCGAGUUGUAAGUUUAUAUGAGUUCUUUAAGUGGCCGAUAUAUCCCCUGCACACUAGUGCUCCCAUCAUUUUUCAUAGAUUUUUUUAGUCAACUGUGACCACUUACUAUAAAUUAUAAUACUUUCUUAUAACAUUCUUUUUGCGGCAUAAUGUUAUUUUUCGCUAUGAAAUAAUAUUAAUUUGCUAAAAAUGUGAUGGUGGCUCUAGUGCGGCUAGAUACGGCCUUAAGUAUUCCGUAACGCCAAAAUAAUAUUCAAAGACUGGAAUGUUUCACUAUAUUUCGUUUUCAUAUGAAUGUCCUAUUUUUGCUAGUGUGUGUGUAGCUAGGUGUCUUGGAUACUAUAUCGAAUAUGGCUAAACUAUCAGAAUAUAAAUAGCUAAAUAGAUUCAAAUUUAUUAAAUUGUAAAAGUAAUUUGUAUUUAAAAUGCGUGCGUUUUGCGAAUCAGUGACUGCGCUACAAAAAUCUCAUAGAAUUUAAAAUCAUUGCUUCAUUGUCUAGGCGGGAGCUGUCAACGUGUUAAUUGUAUGUAGAUAAUAAUAUUAUGGCGAAAAUACACGCGCAAGUAGCUUGUACACUUGUGUGCCAGCUACUGGCACAUCUAACUGUCUGUCAAUAUCAGUUACGUCAAGUUUACGAUGCAAGCUUCUAUUUUUCUAUAGCUUUAUCAGAUGUUUUUAUCUACACAACGAUUUUUUAACACAUGUCGUUUCUGAAGACUUUAUAUUAAAAGUUCAUAAUAAAAUCAUAAUACGCGAAAGGCUAGAAGAUUACUCUUGUCUAGUUAACGUAUAAAUACAAUUUAUAGAAUAAACUAAUGAUAUCUUCUAUUUCAAAUCUGCUCGAGUUUUGGAACAAAUGAAAUAUGUAGAAGUAGAUAAAAGACAUUUUAAAACAAUUAUUUAGUCUUCAAAUUUAAAUACUAUAGUAGAAGAGAAGAAUACUAUAGUUAAAUUGUCACUAACAAUUAAACUAGUAAACAAUCUUUAAUACAAAUAUAUCAAAUGGAAGUGUUUGUCCGUUAUGUAUUAAUAAUAACUGUACUGUUGUAAAAUCUCAUUUGGUGUAAACGUAUCUUUAAAAAGUAGCUAAUACUAUAGCCUAAUUGGAAUACAAAAAUAUAUAUAUUUUUGUCCAAAGGAAAUUUUACGGGGCCUAAAACAAAUUUUGUUUUAAAAAAUCACAUUCCACUUAAUUAUUUGUUUAUAUUAAUAAUUAUUUGUUAUUUUAUUAUCUUUAUAGCGAUUUUUUAAAUGUAUUAUAUUUUUUAGUAUUUUGAAUUGAUGUAUAAAUGAAUUUGAAUCUUAUAAAUGAUCUGAUCUUUUCUUUUUUGUCCAGACCAAAUGUUUGAAGUCGAAAAGAUGCAUUUACUAUGCCAAAUUAUUUUCUUAAGGUAGUGUAAAGUAAAUUUUCUUCAAUUGAAUAAUUUAUUUUAAUAGAUUAGUUUUAAUAAUUCUUUAGUAGAAAGUUAAUAUUUGUAUUUUCAUUGCGUAAUUAGGUAUAAUCUGUGCAUGAUACCUAUAUGUUCUCAUCACCAUUAUUCGCAGGAUGUUGUCUAUUUUCUAUGGAGAAUGCAAACUCGUGAUGAAAAACAACGCUAAAAAACUUUGGAUUUUAAAAUAAAAUUACCAAUUUAGUAACAAUAUUCGCCUUUAUAAAAAAAAUUUUAAAAUACAGUGGCAAUAAAGCAUAUUACGUUUCUUUAAUAUAAAUCGCACAGAUUAAACUGUUUUAAAUAUUCUACGUUCGAAUCCGAAUAAGUAAAUUUUGAAAGAAGUUGUCGUAUAUCUUACUGUCCCUUUUUUGAUAAUAUUUAUGUACAGACACAGUGCUGGUAUAGGCCUCUUGUCCAUUUGUCUCAAAAAGCUUAAAAAAAUACAUAAAUUAAAAUAAUAUAAAACUAUGAUUAAGCGCCGUGGUUUUAGACAUAGUUCUCAGUGUUGUAUGGAUCACUGAGCUUGUUCCGCCCCUGCUAUACACUGUCGGUAAAGUUUAAACUUUAGCGAACGACGUACAUUGCUGGUUUUUCUCGCGGUAGCAUACAAAGCCAGCAUGCAAAGUACGCUAAGUACAUUCGUUCGUGUGGGCAUUUGUCGGCACCACGGGGACAAAAUACUUGAUGCCAGCUUCAUUGUCGCCGAACACAGUGCAUAUUUACCGCAAUAAGAAAACCAGCAAUGUAUACUGAAUCUGCAGAAGUUUGGCAAACUGUUCGAUGACAGCGUGGAGCCGGCAUAAAGCGUAACUGCGUUUCCAUGGACAAGUGGCCUAUGAGUUAAUGUUUUUUAAUUUUUUAACAUUCAGAAUUGUAAUGCGUAAUAUAACUGAGCCCCGUAAUCAUUAUGAUUCUAUGUCACCAUGUUAUGUCUUUUUUUUCAUAUUCCAAGUAUAAUUUGAUCAAAACGGGCGCGGAGAUAAAAUUAAGUUGUGAAAAAUAAUUAUAAAUCCGUCCAGUUAUAUGUACCUACUUAUUUGAUUUAUUGAGAUAUGUAAGUACAUUUGUAUUUUUGUACGUAUUAUUUAUGUUAGUAAGUAGUAUUAAUGUAUUAUUUAUAAUAAAUAUUAUUUUACUUAUA